AUUACAAAUGUAACCUAGAACAUGUCAUUUUGGGUUAUUCGAAUUCAUUUGAAAUCCCACUCUUUUUUCUUUCGCCUGUAUGGCGGUGAAUUAUCUUGAUAGCGUCAAACAUCUUGGCACGCGAGAAGCGUGUGACGUUUCAGGAAGUGUUGGUCCCUAUCUGCCAGUAACACCAUUGGUCUCGCAGUGUCGGUAGGGUUGGAAUAACUGCUGCUAAAAUUGUUUUGGUUACAUCGAUUGUUAAUUUAAAGGUCAUUUAAACAUGAAUGAAGGUGUAUUGGAUGUGCUUAUAAAGUUUAGUCUAUGCAAAACUUAGCUUUGUCGUUAGCAGGACAAAAACAGAACAGUGGACUUAUGGGACAACUCUUCGCUAUAUCUUUAUAAACACUACAAAUGCAAGCGUCAAGAGUACAAGUACUUUUUCCAUGUUUUAUUUUUUUAAACCAACAAGCGGCCAGUAUUGUAUGUUGUCCAGCGCUAGCUUGGUGACGGCGUGGCAUUUAGGCUAGCGGCUGUUUUGUUUGUGUGGUAUAAGGAUUAUGCAGACAAAACACGGAUGCUACUCCAAUCAUCUUAAAGCAACAGAGGCGUCUUCUCAAUCUUAUAAGACAUCUUGCAAAACUCCCUCAACAGCCAGUAGAAAGUAUUCGGCCACGACGUCUGUCCGGCUUUGCAUUCGCAAUGGAAAAUGACGUGUUUGAGGAGAUAGUUAGCGCUGUUAACAAGCUGGUGUCAUGGGUGGCGGCGGGGGCCAUGGUGUUCGGUGGGGUGGUUCCCUACAUCCCCCAGUACCGGGACAUUCGGCGUACACAGAACGCCGAGGGCUUCUCCACCUACGUGUGCUUGGUCCUCCUGGUGGCUAACAUCCUGCGAAUCCUCUUCAGAUUUGGCCGCUACUUCGAGACGCUGCUGUUGUGGCAGAGCAUCAUCAUGAUCGCCACCAUGCUGAUCAUGCUCAACCUGUGCACCACCGUCCGCAUGGCCACCGAACUCAACACCAAAAGACGUUCCUUCCUAGCGACAGACAUUAAGGAGGAGGAGGUCAGAAUCCCUAAGAGGCUCUUUCUGGACUUUGACUGGAGCCACUUCUGGUCGUGGAGUCGCUUCUUGGACUACGUGCAGUGUGUGGUGGCCUUCACGCUGGUGGCGGCCUACGUCACCUAUGUGCUCCUGGACUCGGCUGUCUUCGUGGAGUCGCUGGGCUUCCUGGCGGUGUUCACGGAGGCCAUGCUGGGCACGCCGCAGCUGUACUGCAACUACCAGAACAAGUCUACGGAAGGCAUGAGCAUCAAGAUGGUGCUCAUGUGGACGAGCGGGGACACCUUCAAGACGGUUUACUUCCUGCUAACCCAAGCACCUGUGCAGUUCUGGACUUGCGGCCUGCUCCAGGUAAUUGUGGACUUUGCCAUCCUCUUCCAAGUUUACUACUAUAGCCGCUACCCGCAAAAACCGGCAUCGCACACCGUCUCCCACACCACGAGUGCCAAAGCCCUUUAAGACCUCUUCGAGAAACGAACGUGAAGAUGACACAGAGCGGGUGUCAGCACCAGUACCUCACAAACUGGUUACAAACCAAUCCGAAGUGUUUUUCUUUUUUAAUGAGCAUUCUCACUCAAUAUGACAGCAGGCGAUUACUCUAGUAUUUGGAGGGACACCCAUAGGAAGUGAGUGGAAGACUUUCCAGAAGAUUUUGAAGUGUUUUCAUGUGGAAUUUAUGUCCAUUCAUCCAGAAGAACAUAUGGAUCUUCUUCUUGUCUGAGAUUGAUGUCAGGAUUCUGAAGUUUAACUCCAAAAAUGCCUUUAUGGACAAAGAAAAAAAGACCUUCUCCAAGUGUUCCUACAGAACUGGAAGCAUAAACAUUGCUAAGGUGAAGACUUAGCAUGCAUGCGGAGAAUCUCUGUGGACCAUAUAUGUGGAUUGACUGUUGCAUGGCCCCCUUCUUCUGCCUUAAAAGAUACGGCCAGACAUGGCUCCCUACAUACAGUAUGUGGACCACCCAACUCAAUUUGUAUGCAUUAUUGAAUGUAACGCAUAGCAUUUGGUGUUUUGUUUUUUACGCUACGACUCGUCUUAGAACAAUCAAAGGAGCCAUGUGUAUCAAACGUCUGCAGACCUCCUUGGAUUGGAUGUCCUUACCUCUUUGUCCACUUGUUCUUAAGACUCAAGGACCACUUGGAGAACUCUUUCCACUGGGAACGAUGGCCAAAGAUGACUUGUGUAUGCUUCCCUGCACUACAACGCAUAUCUUCUCAGCCAUCUUGCCUCCUCAUGACCCUUAUAUUCAUCAUAUUGCCAAUAUAAGAACACCCCAUCGCCGCCGCCGCCUCCUCCUGCGUCCACAUCAUUUCAUUUUCUUGCAUGAAAAUUCAUUUCCUGUUCAUUGGAGGUGAAUGGUGAAUUCCUCUUAUUACCAGACCUUCCUCACCUGAAAGCCCUGCAAGCCAUAAUAAUAAAUAUAUAUAUAUAUGUGUGUCUUCCCACUGCUAUUAACUAUUAAUCAUGAUAACUCUUCAGUGGAAUGCACUGUUUCUGCUCCUCAGGAGCCAUAUGAAUAUUUAGUGAAAUGCCAGUGUACGACUGCUGUUAUGCAGACAGGCCGGAAUAACCUGGCAGGCUCUCAGCAGAUUUAGUUUUUUCCUUUUCCCAUCGAGACAGCCAACUUUUACAAUGUCUCACUGUGUAGCUACCUCCGAUACCAAAACUAUCCUUUUUUUAUAGUUUUCUUUUUAUGUAACAUCUAUUUCCAAUGUCAUAUUAUGGCUUUUUAGCAUCCACCAACACUGGAUUGGAGGAAAUGGACCAAAUAAAAUGGAUAUGGACAUACUCUCCCAUUGAGUUUUGUGUAUUUAAAUAUGCUUGCAUUAACACGGUACUUCUCAAAUAGUGGGACAUACAGUGUAUGUACAGUACAUGAAAGUCCUACCUGCUACCUAUUAGCAUUUUGGGAAAACCAAUCAAUUGAAAAUGCUAACAGUUAGCAUGCUAGCGCUGCAUGCAUCGAUCAGUGUACUUUUUAAAAUAUGUAUUUCAAUUAUGCUUGUUGUUGUUUGAGUAACAUUUAAGCGCAAUCCAGUAUGUGUUGAGGUGAAUGAUGCCCGAUGUGUUCAGGUACUGAUGGCGUUUUUAGGAGUAUGACACUGCAUAUCACACGUGGUGACUCCUGGAAACAGUCCAUUCAUAAUGAACAAGGAACACAGACAAAACAAUUUAGGAUGUUCAGAACAACAGACAUGCCAUGCAAAUUUCAGCGUCUGGCUGCAUGUAAUGAAUUGUUAAACCGACCCCUUUGAGCUCAGGAGUUCAUUAGAAUCCGUGUUACAUUUUUCAGAGGAGGUUCUUCAAAGCAAAACAUUCAUCCCAGGUUGUUUCAUUCCACCAUCCAUUUUGAAAAUGCCUUUAUUAAAAAAAAGUCAUACAGUAUUGGUGUGCAAGAGUUACAUGCUUUGUGUCUCCAGCCUCUACAUGCCUGUGUGGGAUAUUAAAGGAGAGCACAGCUUGAUGAGCCUCUGAUUGCUUCCAUGCCAAUGACACUUUGCUCUAAUGCUUUAAAACGCUGUCUUUCUCUCUUGACAAGACACUCCAGUCGCACAAAAUCACAGUUGCCGUCGCAAUUUGAGCAAAUCCAAAGGGCAGCUCAUUAUUUGCAGCGGCUGACUCGGCUGUAAAGUGUGCCGGGAAAGUUUUGCCUCGCGUUUUUGUACUUUUUUGUCCGAGUUUGUUUGGCCCUGCACUCCUUUUGAAGCUGCAUAUAUGUGACUAAAGGGUUGUCAGCGACUGAUACAAACACAUUCUAAUAACAUCGACAACCAAAACUCCACACAACAUUCAUUUUGUGAACUCCCUGAUGUGUUAUCCUGCUUUUAUCCUGAAUUCUUUUUUUUUUUUUCUUUUUUUUUUUUACAAUAUUUGAGAUGGACUAACACAAAGGACAAUUUCAUCACCUCCAACAUACAAGAUGAAAAAUUAAAGUUUAAACCGAA